CCCCUAUUUUACUACAUUACUGUGCUGCAGUUGCAAAUUUUAAUAUAGAUCUACGCUUUGAUAACUCUGCAAGCGUUGAUCGCCUGUCGAUUUUUCAUUCUUCAAAUGGUUCCUUGUUGGCCGCUGAGCUAGGAGGACCGACUCAGUGGCUGUAUCUGUGAAUCACAUUGUUACAGCAAUGUUCCUGAAAAAGAAAGAAAAUUGACGGAGGGAAGUCAUUGGUACGUGGAACAUGAUAGUCUGGAGGGGAACGGUCAACCGUGCUGUGAUAACUCCCAACUAACUCACUAACUGUCAGUCUCAAAAUUAGUAGGUGCCCCGCACAUGUACCCGUGUGCAAAAACGUGACGGAAAAAUGCUGUUGUUUCAAAGUGAUACAUGUCUAUGAGCCGAGAGUGUGCUAUUGAAAUCGGGCACGAUGCUUCUAACUUCAUUUUUCGGACGCUGCGGCACCUCGUAGUCAGCCAACAACACCAGGAGCUACACCAGCGGCAGCAGCAGUAGCGGCAAUAGCAGCAAUGUCCGAAUCCCUUGCCCAGAAGCCAAGGCGUCGAUUUGCAGCUCUGUUCUGCACGGGAAAGGGGACAAGACGCGUGCAGCACGCACAACCAGAGCCUAGUGGCGGCACGCAGAGAAAGUUUGUCUGCGCUAAAGUGAGCCGGCGUCGUGUGCCGCGUAAACCCACGGCUCGCCGGGUAGAGGUAGUUCCUGGCGAGGAGUAUUCAUUAGAUUGUGGGGAAGAUGACUGCAAUGCGACCCGUGUGGAGACAAGCGCAGCAGCCAUCACACCAGCACUCUCGUUGCUACUGGGUUCCGGUGGUGGUGGUGGUGGGAGGAGGAUGUCUGCCGUCACGGCGCGUGCAUCUGUGCUCAGCCAUCAGUCUAUGAAGUACAGACUGGCUGGUAACUGCUGGAGGACAAGCUGCCUAGGCAGUGGCAGCAGUCCCAUGUCGGUCUGGCCACAACCAGCGUUGCCAUGCCCACGCUAUGGUAGUAGCCAUGGAAACGCAAGCGUGGCUCUGUUAGAUAUGUCACAAUGCAUGCAGCAGCAGCGGCGACAUCUCUCGACGCAAGUGAAGGCCGCAACACCGUCAGCAGGGCAGUCACCACGACGUCCACAACGUGCACGCACCACCACGUCGCCAUACCAGUUUGAUGACAUAGUCCUGCCGGCCACCACUGCGUCGAUUCCGACGUCGCGCCCACCCAGGGAGCAGCAGCCUAGGUCGCACUCCCAGAUCACCAGCCAGGCCAAGGAUGCAGUGGCAACUGGUGGCCAGCGGCACCAAGGCCAAUUUGCGCUAGCCUCGUUAGAUACUUCUGCUCACACGGUGUACGGAAGCGGACUGACUCCUGUCAUGGUCCCAGAGUCAAAGCAAGUCCAAGAUGCGGACCCGUAUCGCCGUGAUCCCCGCCGGAAGAUGGAUGCCCUCUUGUUCAGCGCGCAGGAGAGCUUGAGUGGUGUGCGUGUAGAUAAUGCAGUGUCAGUGCUCAUGGCCCCGUCUCCUCGCUCUAUGCAGCGCCAAUUCACAUCACCAAAGGCGGCGGCGGUGGCCUUGCCACAAGUGCAUAUGGUAACUGCUAGUGGAGGUCAUACUGUGGAUGGGUGUGGAGCAGCCUCUGCACAGGUUGUGGUCCGGGACCACUCGACUAGCACGGCAGAGUUUCUACUGAGACGAUGCCGUCGCCAGUGGCGCACCACCCCUGCCAGUGCCGGCCAUGUACAGCUGAUGCCAGUCACAUGCACACUCUUGCCUGGUCGAUCUACUGCACCGACAUCUAGCUCUGUUUCAAGUACUACGGUUAUGCCUUGCCGUGGACACGACGUACCACUUUACUCACUUGCCGCAAGACCAUGGGGGUGGAAACGUAUCUUCCUUCAACGGCUAAUUGCAUCGGCUAGGCUAUAUCAGCCAUCGGUGUCCAGCAGGCAGGUGCCUGGCUUGCUGUUUGAUACUAACAUUGACCUGCAGAGAUUUCGUCAGCUGGAAAGCUAUGCUUUGCUCUCCCUGGCAGCAGCUGCUGAGCUGUCACCUCGUAUACGUGGCCAGUGGUUAGCACUGGUAGACUUGCCGCUGAAUGAGCCGUUGUUGGUUUCAAGCGAAUGCCUCGCUGCCCGGCUGGCUAUGGCGAUGACAGGUAUUCUGCGUGAGGCGUCUCUAUUCGAGGCACCCAUUCCAGCUUCCACUGGACGUGCAUUGACCCAAGCUCUGCUUCGCUGCGUGACGGCUGCUGCAGAUGAUACCGCCUCCUCAGUCCGCACUGUCCUGCUGCGCAAAUGUGCAUCGUCAAGCGGACUUCGCUGGGCUAGGUCUCCGAAGCCGUCAGCUCCGGUGGAGGUGAUCCAUGGUGUGUCUCAGCAAUCAGACUGCCGUAAUAGCAUCAAUAUAUUACCAGUCACACGCCAGAAAGAACACAGUCCUCAUAAGCUAUCGGCCCAGGAACCAGCCGACAUGUUUGACUUCCACUGCUACCCGGAGUUGUUUGCUCUGUUGCCCGUUGUGCACUCGAUGAAGCAGCAGUCCUCGCUGCUGGCAAGCGGUGUGGAGAGAUUUGCCAGCUGCACAAUAGCAGAUGAUGGCUGUAUUUGUUUGCAAGAAACUGGGAGUGACGCCGACUGCAGUGUUCCGCACAUGCAUCCGCCGGGACAUUUCCUGUUUGUAGCCGUUCCGCAGAUGUCAGAUGAGGUGGAUUUGAGCUCCCUUACUGCUGUGAUGGAGCAGUUCUACUCAUGUCUUGGCAUGGCCAAGCAUGCUGGUCUCCACCGCGUUGUGUAUCGUCUAUUGACAAAGCAGCCGGGCAAUCCUGUUUCCACAUGUGCCGACAAUACCAAUGAGAUACACUGUCUCCUCCUGUGGAUUGCGGCCUCCGUGCAAGAUCUCCAGCUUGUCGUGCUGUGCCCAGACGAGGAAGAUACACAGCGCCUUGCUCGAAUCGGCAGAAUGUCCCGCAGCAAACGCGUCUCAGUCAGGGAGCUAACAAGUAUCAUUGUCAGCACGUUUGGUGAGAAUCAGUAUGCCGCGCUGCUUCCACGAGUGCUGGCUAAGCUGGAGCGGCGAGCGCUAGCGUGAACUAGGUGUCCUGAACGGGACUUCUCUUGAAAUCUGAAGGUCCAUGUGAAGUAUAGAUUCAAAGAAUUGGGUUGCUGAAGUUAUUUGAAGUACAUGUACGAGCAAACAGUCGACAUGCUGGUCUUACCACUCAACAUGACUUGAGUUCUAACAAACUGUAAUGAUGCCCUAGCUGGCCUAGAGCUAGGCUGCUGUGAUAUUGGUAACCCGUCUACUGCCCCAGUAUUGGCUCUGUACCUGACACUUCUCAGACUGUCAAUGUGCCAUUGCAAUUUGCAUGUAUGUACGAGGCGACGGCGUUAUCACUUGAAAACCAAAUAACUAACUUCCA